AGGAAGGAAAGAAAACGAAAGAUGGGAAGAAGGAAGGAAGAGAGAAAGAAAGAAAUUUUAAGAACGAAGGAAAGAAAGGAAGGAUCGAUCGAUCGAAGAAGAAACAAUAUAUCAUCAACGCUGUAGCUCAAACUCUGGUACAACGAAUGAGAUGUAGCAACAAUACGAAACCAUUGCUGGUUCUGAAAGGCUUGGUGAAAAUAGAAAAUAGGUUGAUUGAUUAUUGACUUUUAUUAAACUAUAACUACAUAAAGUUAGUUAAUGAUUGUAGGGAAAAUGAGCUUUUACACUUACAUUCGGAGUGGAAAGACAAAACUGAAUGAAAAUGGGGGAUUUCAAUAGAUUUUUUGAACAGCUUGGGACAUCAACUGGCACAUGGGAUUUUAAUGCUCCAAAUGAGUCUGAUAGAAAGCGCCCUUUGAUCGAAUUCACCGUUUUCGAUUUCUUUGGGAAAAAAGAACUAAAAAAUUAUACAGGGUUCGAACCUUUCAUGCUCAUAACAGUCGUAAUAACCUUAACGUCCAUCUAUUUCCCUUGGUCACUGUCCGUUUGUCUGUCCGUGUCGAUUGGUCGAGGAAGAUUGGUUACGAGUCAAACGUCCCUGGGGAGGGGGGGACGAAAGAAAAAAAGUAGCUCGCAGUCUACCAAUCUCGUACCCAGAGCCCACGUUCAGAAACGCUGGCUCUGGAUACGGGAUUGGCAGUCUACGCCCAAACUGGUGUAACUGGUGUUAUAACAAACAGUGCCAGAAAUUUGUACUUAUAACAGCGUUAUUCUUAAAUGUUAUAAUAUUAGUUUGCACGCUAUAGAGUAUGUGUUUCAUAUUACAUGUGGCGAGGAUCUCAAGCAAAGAAGCAUAAAAUCGAUCUGGGUGGAUCUCUGUCUGCAAAGAAUACAUCGCUCUCCUCCGCCGGACCCCCAGGUUAUGUGGACCAGCUAUUUUACCUGUGCUUUUCUCAAAAAGAAGUACAGUUUGCUGAAAUCUCAUAAUCUGCUACAAAUGAUGGCCAAACACUGACCACCAUGUGCAUUUCAGACAGAAAGAAUCGUAUGGGAAUUCGUAUUUUCAACAUUUUGCUCCAAGACGGCAACUGGCGUCAAGCAGAACCAUGUUUUGAUCUUGUAGUUUGGGGUUCCUGUGGUAUUGUUUAUAUGAACCCAGUCCCUCUACUCGACUCAUCGACACUAAUAAUGGGUUUGUACUGUGGUUGUGGUAGAAUAUCCCUGAAUAUCUCACUUUAUUUCUCCAUUUCAAAACAUCUAACCCAUACUUACAGAAAACCAUCCCUUCACCAAGUAAUUAGAYGGUACUACAGGGGCAAAAAAUCAGGAAUCGCGGAGAUUUGUAAUGUUUCAGAGGCGGAUUCCUUUGUCUCUUCGUUGACUACCAAAGAAAGAAGUUUUCUUCAAGAAGCUUUGAAACAACACCAAGACGAUGAACCAGAAGAAGUUCCCACAGCUCCAACAGUGGCCCAGCUUAGACUUGCUGCAUUUCACAGUGCAAUUCCAUUUAUUGGUUUUGGAUUUCUAGAUAAUGCUAUCAUGAUUACUGCAGGAAAGAACAUUGCUAUAACUCUUGUUGCUGCAUUAGGAAUAUCGACAAUGGCUGCUGCAGCCCUUGGUAAUCUUAUAUCUGAUGUUUCUGGAAUUAGCCUUGCUCAUUAUGUUGAGCUUGCAGCAAAUAAAAUGGGAUUUGAAGGACCAGGACUAAGCUCAAAACAAAUGGAAAUGCCAAGAACAAGAUUCAUAACAAAUUUGGGAAGAGCCAUUGGAAUCUCAUUUGGAUGUGUACUUGGAAUGUUUCCACUGCUUUUUCUAUCAUCGAAAGAUGAAGAAGAGAAAAAACCUCAUAACUUAGAGGAUUAAAGCAUUUUCAAUGAAAAGUUUCUCAUCAAGAAAAACAAUGUUUUAAAAUUCUCAUUUGCAAUCCAGCAUCUUGGAGCAUUUUAUGGUCAGAGUUCAAAUAUGCAAUGUCCAGAACUUGUCAUUGUCUCUGUUUUCAUAUUGGAAUUCAUUAUGUAUUCCAUGUGUGGUAUAGCGUUGGUGUAAGGUUUAGAAGGUAUGUAUAUGUACAUCUAGUAGAUGUUUGUAUCCAGGGCCCAGUUGUACAAAGGGUGGAUAGCACUAUCCAACAGAUAAAUCCUUAUCCAGUGAAUUAAGGGAUGCUGUCAUACAAUAAAUUUAUCCAUCAGAUUGUGCUAUCCACCCUUCAUACAACCGGGCAAUUAAGGACAAAUAGAUAGAAGAGGCUUUAAUAAGUCAGACUCAGAAAAUCAUUGGACAAAAGUAUGAGUGCAUUGGAAAUUUGAGCAAACUAUUUUAAAUAUUUUUAAGAAGGUAAAACUUUGAAAAGGCAAUUUUACAAAUAUAAUGGAAUCUAUAGAUAUUACAAAUAAAUCACUGCAACAGAAAAAUAAUUGUAAGGGUUUAUUAAUGAACAAUUUAAUAGUCAUUGAUCACAUUAUCAAUGACAGUAUGGCACGAGAAUAGCUUUUCAUUUGUAUUUAUUGUAUCAUGAUAAGUACUGUUAUAAAUCAAAGAAUCAUGCAAAAAAAUCCACAUAUGAAUAGAACUCGUUCAAUAUGUUGUUCUAUUCCUUUCCACCAUGUUUCUCCAAGGUUUUCUGGUUUUCCUCACUCAACUCAGGUGAGUUUAGAGUUCUCUGCAUGGAACCUACAUUAUAUGUUUUGGUAGUGAGUUCAGAGUGUGUUGAAUAUACUCAAACAUUAGACUCUGGCUAGGGGGACUUUUAGGGAUUAGAUUUAAUGUACUCUCCUACUUUGUAAUUCAAUGACAAAAAUGUUAACCAAAAGCA